GCAAUGGACUCAGGACGCGCGUUCUGUCCUCGUGUCGGAUGUGAUACCGUGGUUUCGGUGCGCGCCGCCAGUCCAGCUCACUGUCCGACCUGCAGGCAUGAAUUCUGCUCGCAGUGCAAUCAGGAGUGGCACGGCGGUCUUACUUGCGAAGCAGCCGCCGCCUCCUCUUCCAUGGGUGGUGCUGGAGCGCCUCUGCUGCCUGACUCAGAGCUGAUCAAGCUCUGCCCAAUGUGCCGCGUGCCCAUCGAGAAAGACGAAGGUUGCGCUCAGAUGAUGUGCAAAAGAUGCAAGCAUGUCUUCUGCUGGUACUGCCUCGCAUCUCUCGACGAUGACUUUCUACUCCGCCAUUAUGACAAGGGUCCGUGCAAGAAUAAAUUGGGGCAUUCACGCGCCUCCGUACUAUGGCAUCGCGCACAGGUUGUAGGUAUAUUUGCCGGAUUUGGUUUACUGCUCCUGGUCGCCAGUCCACUUCUGCUGCUUGCUGCACCCUGCAUUGUCUGCUGCAAAUGCAGGCUAUGCAACCCAAGCACGAAGAACUUAGAGGAAGUCGACGAGAUUGACAGCAUCAGUCCUGGCCGCGAUGAUGAUGGAGACGAAAUAUCGAGGACUAGGUACCUGUCUGACUGACGCACGCCACGGUAUUAAGUGGAGAAGAAUUUGCAACAGAAGCAGACCUAUGUACAGGUCUACAGCGGCCAAACUAUAGCCGCGGCGGAGAAAUUCGUCAAACAUCACCAAUAUUGGCCAAAUCGAUGGGAGGUAGACCGUUAUUUGAGUUAAGUGUAAGCCACGUAUUGUCAUAUCGACGGAUCUGACAUGGAAUGGACUAAUUUUAGGCAAACGAACAAAUCAGCAAUGUUUAAGCUAGAAUAUUGGUGGCUAUCUUAUUGGCAAUAAGAUGGUUGUAGGGUUUAUUUAUUAUCACGUGAUUUUAAAUGACUUUUUUCGGUUACUAUCGCCAACAAUGUUUGAGCAUGUUUGCUGUCAGCUUAUAACUAAUAACAAUAUUAUUGAAAUUAAUUAAGUUCAAUGUUAACUUUUUAGGCACAGUUUGUUGUUUCUGUUGUGUACAAAGUUGAUGAAUAUAAUUUGAAAUAUAAGAUGAUUAUACGAUUUAUUUAUCUUCACGUGAUUUUAAGUAAACUAUAUAAACGAAGAACGUGAUUAUUUUUCAGAAUUUUUAUGUUUGUCAAAUAUUUGUGCAUUUUAUUUGAAUAUUUGUGCAUUUUAUCUGACAUGUUGCAUACAUACAAUAUUGUUAAAAGUAAUUAGCUACCAUAAGUGUUGACUUAUAGAGGCGUGAUGUAAGUGUCUAUGGUAAAGCUAAAAAAAUUAAUGUUGUUUGUCUAUGUAAAACGAAUGUAAGGCAGGAUAAUUAAUGAUACUGAAAGUUAUUAUUUAUCUCGAAAGAUACGCCAUUUAUAAUUAUGGCUGUAAAUUGUAGGUAAGUUAAAAUCGUUUCUCAUUUGUUUAGAAAAUUGAACUGAAAAUACUACGAAUAAGAGACUGACGGAUGAAAUGUGUGGGUGCCAAUAUUUCAUGUCUUUGUCUAUGACUCAAUGUAAUGCCAUAGGCAAUAGUCGUGAACUGUGUUGCGUGGUACAUCGGAUAUUAUUAUAAUUAGUGGUCGCGUAACUUGAGCCAGCUAUGAAUGACGUCACACGUUAAAGCGGGGGUGACAAAGGGUGGGAGGGGAUCUAAAUUUUGAAAUGUGACAUUUCAAAAUGUUAUAUAUUAUAAGUAUUAACACGAAAUUUUAACUAUUGAGGGAAAAGUUUUCUUUAUAGAUGUUAAUGAAUUGGUGUACCCUCCUGCGCUAACGGUUCACGCUGUUGGGGCACCAGUGGAGUGGAGAAUGAUAAGAUGAACUGGUCUGGUCAGUUAGUCCAUCGUAGGAAAUUUAUCAGGAAGUUAUGACGGUUUCCAGGGGUUUAAGAUUCAAGCUGACAUGGUACAUUGUUAAUUCCGGAGUCAUUACUAACGAUCCCCUUCCUCCUAACGAAUAUAGUCAAACUUUCAAAAUAUGAUAGAUCGCAUUAGGGAGGGGUUCUCAUAAAUGUGACUAACUGUGACAAGGGGGAGAGGGGUUAUAAACUCCCACACGAAAUUCGCGUGACGUUAUUUGUGGCUGGUCAACUAUCCACAACGAAUCGUUAUAAAGCGGCGUCUCUUCGCCUAAUUAAUGUUGAAAGAAUUAAUUAAUCAAGAGGUAUAAAAAUAAUAAAAUAUGCAUAGACGAAACCGAAGAAUAUCAUAUGUGUAUAUAUUUUUAUAAAUACAACAGUAUGCGAAGCGUACAAAGUUAAUUGUGUAAUAUGUAUUGUAUCACUAAAUUUACAUACUAAUAAAAAAAACCUUAUAAAUAUUCGUUUUAAAAAUAUUGUAAUUGGUGAAAGGUUGAAAACAAAUUUGGACGCUUAUUCUGGUUGUGCAUGCAUUUUAAAGUAGUUAUCAUAUUUGGAAUGGAAUUAAAAAAUAGUAUUUGUUUCACUGCAUAGAGAAUGAAAAUUAAAAGUAAAACUUGAAGAAAUUGUAAUAAAAAGAGAAUUAACUAAAUUAGUAAGAAUUUUAGUGAUUAUUUACACCUACGACGCAAAUAAGUCAUAAGUACUAAAUUAAUAUUAUAAAUGUUUGAUUCUGUCAUAACGGUUGGACAAAUCAUGAAGGAAAUCAGAUAGCUUUAUGAAAGAAUAGGUUGAUUUUUUAACAUUACAUGUCAAUAAUAUGCAUUAUAUAUUAUACAUAUAUUAUAAUAUAAAUACAAAUUCAAUAGUGAGAAAAAAAAUUACACAUAUAUUUAUGAAAUAAUUUCCCAUAAUUAUUCAAAAUGUAUUUCGAAAAAACUAAUACGAUUAUUUUAAACAAACUUUUUUGUAUAUUGUUAUUUAUUGCCUAUAGGGUUAUUACAACGCCUCUAUGCAAAUCCAUGCAAGCGACGCUGUGAACAUUUGCUUGAAUAUAAGUGACUUAAUUUUAAUUAUCUGUAAAAAGAUCAAAACACGAGUAAAGUCUCAUGUAAUCGGGUUUAGUCGCGCACAGCUUGUGUGCAAACAGCGGCUUGACUCGAAAUUUGUUGCUAGUAACUGUCAGAAUAAUUUUAGGCAUUUCAUACAUUAGGCGAUCGUUAUGGAUGAAAAAUUUAUGUUUUUUAUUGUUUGUAACGCAGAGAAACUGUACAAAUUUCAGAUAAGACUAUUAUUAAAUACAAUCAAUGGCAUUUACUCUACAUGUAAUUUUUAGACCAUAAAUUAGGCACUGCCUAGUGCACUCUCAGCGAAUAUAUCACGUCGAAGUUUUUACAUAUAUUGAUAUCAAUAAAUAGCUUUUUUGACAUCAAAAUAAGUAGUUUGGAAUAAUUUAUUGUCUAAUCACUAAUUGGCAACAUUGAUCGUCAUCGCCUAAUGUGUUAUUGCCCUUGUAAAUAAGAAUAUUGUACUUAAUACCAGGGCCGAUGGUGCAAAGAAAAAACCAUUGAUGCAGUGUUAUUCACAUAUCACAAGUGUAAUGAAUUACCUAUGCAUGUUUUACAUCAAAUGGUGCGAUUUAACAAUGUGUUACAAAAAUAAAAUUACCUGCAGAAAUAUUAACACUUUUAAUGUAAUUAAUGAAUGAUGACAGUAUAAUGAUCUCGUCAGCGCUAAUAAUUUUGCUCCGUAAGGCGGGAGUUGGCCUUCAGCCAAUAAGUCCUCCAAGGUGUCCGAAAAAAGCGCUAAUAAUAUAAGUUAACGGUGCACUAGUGGAAGAUAAUAGGAUGUGAUACAAAUCACUGAGUGCAUUAUGGCGAAUUCAAUAUUCAGUUGUGUGCCUCCUCUUCAAUAUACACCAAUUCGCGCCAUUUUAUGUAAACCAUUCAUAAUUUGAUAAACUGUCUUUGUGAGAAUGGACUCCCCGUUGGCCCUAUUAGCUUGUUGUAGCAGGCUAGUUGAGCAUUUGUAGACUUAAAAUUGUCAGUAGAUGAUUAGAAUAAGCAAGUAAUUUCUCCCCUUUGGUUGAUUGUAAAAUCACUCUUGUCUAUAAUUUCAUUACUUAUUAGUAGUGCGAGCAUACAAGAAUUUUACGUGUAGUUUAUGUAAGAAGUAUUUGUAUGACUGAUUGUAAAAUUUUAUCGCUAUAUUGAGUAAAUUUGUAAGUGAUUUAACACUAUAUUUACCUCUGAUGUCUGGACCAUAUUUACGAAAGCCGCUAAUAUACAGUCGCCCAGAUUCCCCGAAUCCAACUAACGUUCUAGUUGUUAACUAGCUCGCUAAUGCCAGGCCGACUGUAUUUUGUCAGCCUAAUGUGAUAAUUACUUUAUAAAUAAAUAUUGUUCACUGUAAUUGUAUGGUUACAAGACACAAAGAUUUCCAGCCAAUACUAAAGUUUGCAUUGGUUUAUUAUGUCCAUUUUAUUGCGUUGAUUAAUAUUUCAGAGGUAGAGAUGGUGUAUAACAAUAUGAUCACAAUAUCAACACAGUUGUUUUCUCAUAGCGAACUCGUCUAAGUACUUAUUUGUUAUCUCAAUCGAAAAUUCGCUCGCACUUGUAACAGUCUGAUGUUGUAUAUAGGAAAGAAUAUUGUAAAUAUUUAUUUUUUGUUAUUAUUUGUACUUUAUGUUCAUUUUGUGUUGAGACAGACGUAUUUUUUUCGUUACACUAAUUAUAUAUAAACAAU